UCCUUGCCACUCAGAAUGAACUACCCGGCUGUGAAUAGGGUGGUUGGUGACAUCAUUCGCUCUCCUGAGGACAAACGGGUUUACAGGGGUUUGGAAUUCACCAACGGCCUGAAGGCAAUGCUCAUCAGUGACCCAAGAACAGACAAAUCCUCAGCUGCUUUGGAUCUCCACAUAGGUUCAUUAUCAGACCCAGCGAACAUCUCGGGCCUGGCGCACAUGUGUGAGCACAUGCUGUUCCUGGGGACAAAAAAGUACCCCAAGGAGAACCAAUACAGCGAGUUCCUCAGUGAGCAUGCUGGCAGCUCCAAUGCCUUUACCAAUGGGGAGCACACCAACUAUUUCUUCCACGUGUCCCAUGAGCACCUGGAAGGAGCUCUAGACAGGUUUGCCCAGUUCUUCCUUUGCCCUCUGUUUGAUGAGACCUGUAUGGACCGGGAGUUAAAUGCUGUGGACUCGGAGCACGAGAAGAACCUGAUGAAUGAUGGAUGGAGGCUGUUCCAGUUAGAGAAGGCCACUGGCAACCCUGACCACCCCUUCAGUAAAUUUGGAACAGGUAACAAAUUGACCCUUGAGACUCGGCCGUGUGAAAAUGGGAUUGACAUUCGUCAGGAGCUCCUGAAUUUUUAUUCCACAUAUUACUCCUCCAACCUCAUGGGACUGUGUGUGUUGGGAAGAGAAUCAUUAGAUGACUUGACCGCCAUGGUGGUCAAGCUCUUUGGAGAAGUGGAGAACAAGAACGUACCAAUCCCAGAAUUCCCUGAGCACCCCUUCCAGGAAGAACACCUCAAGCAAUUCUACAAAGUGGUGCCUAUUCAAGACGUCAGGAACCUGUAUGUGACUUUCCCCAUCCCGGACCUCCAGAAGUACUACAAAUCUAACCCAGGACAUUAUCUGGGACAUUUGAUUGGUCACGAAGGACCCGGAAGUUUGAUAUCUGAGCUAAAAUCUAAAGGCUGGGCGAACUCACUUGUUGGAAGGCAAAAAGAAGGAGCCAGGGGAUUCAUGUUCUUUGUCAUCAAUGUGGACUUGACUGAGGAGGGCCUCUUGCACGUUGAGGACAUCAUCUUCCACAUGUUCCAGUACAUCCAGAAACUGCGUACUGAGGGACCUCAGGAGUGGGUGUUUGAGGAGUGCAAGGAUUUAAACAAAGUGGCCUUCAGGUUCAUGGACAGGGACUUUGACUACACUUCCAAAGUGUCUGGUCUAGUGCACUACUACCCUCUUGAAGAAAUUCUAGCAGCAGAGUACCUUUGGGAGGAAUUCAGGCCAGAUCUGAUUGAGAUGGUGCUGGAUAAGCUGAGACCAGAAUAUGUCAGAGUUACAGUGGUGUCAAAGUCGUUUGAAGGGCAAACAAACAAGACAGAAGAGUGGUAUGGCACGCAGUACAAACAGGAGGCCAUCUCUGAGGAGUCCCUAGAGAAAUGGGCAAGUGCAGACCUCAACAACAAGUUAAAAUUGCCCAUGAAAAACGAGUUCAUCCCAACCAACUUCGAGAUCUACCCUCUUGAGAAAGACUCUCCACCCGUCCCCACUUUAAUCAAGGACACUGCAAUGAGCAAGGUGUGGUUCAAGCAGGAUGACAAGUUCUUCCUGCCAAAGGCUUGCCUGAACUUUGAGUUCUUCAGCCCUUUUGCGAAUGUGGACCCAUUGCAUUAUAACAUGGCAUAUUUAUACUUUGAGCUCCUCAAGGACUCCCUCAGCGAAUAUGCAUUUGCAGCUGUGCUAGCCGGAUUAUACUAUGGCCUCCAAAAUACGGUCUACGGGAUGUCUCUGUUUGUUGAAGGUUACAGUGACAAGCAGCACAUCCUGCUGAAGAAGAUCGUGGAGAAGAUGGCCAACUUUGAGAUAGAUGAGACGCGCUUUGACAUCAUCAAAGAAGCGUACACAAGGUCUUUGAAUAACUUUAGAGCCGAGCAGCCUCACCAGCACGCCAUGUACUACCUCAGUGUAGUCAUGGCGGAGGUUUCAUGGACCAAUGAAGAGCUCAAGGAGGUUAUUAUUGAUGUGACUCUCCCACGCCUCAAGGCCUUCAUACCGCAGCUAUUGUCACGGUUACAUAUCGAAGCCUUUCUCCAUGGCAACAUCACCAAGGAGUCUGCUCUUUGCAUGAUGCAAAUGUUGGAGGACACACUCAUCGAGCAUGCUCACACCAAGCCCCUCUUCCCGAGCCAGCUGAUUCGCUACAGAGAGGUGCAGGUUCCAGACGGUGGCUGGUAUGUUUACCAGCAGAAAAAUGAGGUGCACAACAAUAGCGGCAUCGAGAUCUACUAUCAGACAGACAUGCAGACCACCCACCACAACAUGCUGCUGGAGCUGUUCUGCCAGAUCAUCUCUGAGCCCUGCUUCAUCACACUGAGAACCAAAGAACAGCUGGGCUACAUUGUGUUGAGUGGGCCUCGGCGGGCUAACGGGGUGCAAGGCCUUCGUUUCAUCAUCCAGUCGGAGGAGCCGCCCCACUACCUGGAGAGCCGCGUGGAGGCUUUCCUCUGCACCAUGGAGAAGGCUGUGGAGGAGAUGAGCGAGGAAGCCUUCCAGAAACACAUCCAGGCCCUGGCCAUCCGCCGCCUGGAUAAGCCGAAGAAGCUCUCUGCCGAGUGUGCCAAGUACUGGGGAGAGAUCAUCUCUCAACAGUAUCAUUUUGACCGAGAUAACGCUGAAGUGUCCUACCUGAAGACUUUGACAAAGGAAAACAUAAUGCACUUCUACAGAGAACGACUGACUGUCGAAGCCCCAAAGAGACACAAGGUGUCCGUGCACAUCCUGUCCAGAGAGAUGGACUCCUGUCCAAUCGUGGGAGAGUUCCCCGCUCAGAAUGACGUCAACCUGGCCCCUGCUCCCUCCCUGCCACAGCCCACACUGGUUCAGGACAUGACGGAGUUCAAGAGGAGCCUGUCUCUCUUCCCUUCACUGCCGCCCCGUGAGGGAGGCCGGAAGGUCAACAUGCAGCCACAAGAAACUGCUGGGGAGGGCAACUGCUAG